AUGUCGGCUAAAGGCGUGCUGGAGGCUGCUGAGGCAGGUCUGUGGCAUCUCGCUUGCUACGACUUUGGCCAGCCGCCGGUGAGCAUCGACGAUGUCAAUGGGCUCGCCAGCCUCAGCGAGGCCGAUCAGGCCGCCAUCAGGUGCCGCACAGGGCCGGCAAAGGCAUCGGCAAACGCGCUACGGAAGCAGGUCUGGCUUGAGCUCCAUGGCGAGGUUCGCGCAUUUGCUAACGCCGUCAUGGCCAAGCCCAUCUCGCUCUGGGCUCUCUUUGGCCUCACUCGCGACGAUCUGGAGACAGAGGCCGGCAUUGUCCGCCUCGGCCUCCAUCACACUGUUCUCCGCGGCUGGCUCAAAAAGACGUACCGCUCCAAGGCCGAGCCGCAUGUUCGUAAGGUGUUGACUGAGGGCUACGGGACUCUACUCGAGCUCCACUCGCGCGAUCUGUACUUUGUCCACACCGCCAUGGCCAACUUUGAUGACGACCAGAUCGCCUUCUGGGCCGCCUUUUGGCGCAAAUAUCGCCCGUCGUCGCGGAGCGUUGUCUCCGCCUCGCGCAAGGCCCCGCUGACUGCCGGCGCCCGUGCCACUGAGGUCGCCACCACCAAGGCCGCUGCCAACGCAGGCUCUGCAGCCAAUGACUCCCCUGCCGCCUCUGAUCUGUCUGCAGACGUCAUCGCCGCUGGCCGUGCCGGCAUCCAGCUCUCUGGCACCGAGCUGAGCGCGGUCCCGUCCCACGUUCGUGCUGAGUACUACGAGCUUAUGUUCAGCGUCGGCUCGCAUACCACCGGCGGUGACGCAACCGCCCGCACCGUCGGCGAGCAAAAGUACGGCGCGUCCAAGCCGUCCACCUCCAAGCCCGGUACAUCCGGAGCGCCGGGCAAGGUUGACGAGCCAGAAAACGGCGAGCAAGCCUCGGCCCACGCGUCGAUGGUUCUCAAGCCGGGGCAAGCGACCUACGAUCCUGCCCGCUCCAACGGCCUCAACGCCGGCAAGGCCACCAAGAUCUUUGCCGUCACCCGCGACGCCAGUGCUGCCAACUCGUAUCGUCGCGGCACCUCAUUUAUGCAAGCCGUCAACAAGUCGCGCCUCAAAGCCAACGCGCAGCGGACUGCUGUUGGCCGCACGCUGCCGCGCUUUGCUCCUGGCGGUAGCGCCGCGCCCGGCGGCGCCGCCCCCGCUGCAUCUUCCCGCCCGCCCAUUUCGCGCCUCCCUCCCUCGGCCAAGACCACUGCCUCGGCUUCGGCCUCGCGGAAAGCCCGCCUUGCUGCUGCCCGCAACGCCAUGCUCGCCAAGCGCAAGCGCAAGCGGCCCUCCGCCGCACCAACAUCAGCCGUCUCUGCCGCCUCCACGCACCCAUCGCCGACAAAGGAGACUGCCGAGCAGCGCGCCGCUCGCAAGCGCCAGCGGGUUCUGGCCCGUCUCGCAGACUCGGAGACUAACGUCGAUGCUCGCUUUAAGGUCAAGAUCAAGUCUGACAGAGACCGCCAGCGCGACGCGCUGUUUUCUGGCUGGAAACAGCUGCAGGAAAGAUACUAG